AUGUCUGGCCUCAAGCCAGACUUUGAAGCCUCUACUCCGCCAGGGGGCGAAGAUAGCUCACAAGGGGCCCUCGCCUUCCACCCGAGCCACAUUACCCUGUCAACCUUCAACCGUCUACUAGCGUGCUACGCGAGUACUGUGGAGCAAGUGCAUCGAAGCAAAUUGAUUCAGAAGCUACAGUCAAAGCAAAAGUCAAAGCCAAAGCGCAAGUCAGCCGAGACUUCAACAGACGCGCAGGACACAACACCAACACAGAGAACAGAGCUCACUCCCGCUGAGGAGAAGCAUAUCCAAGAUGACCUGGAUACAUUCCUCAAACUCGAUCGCUGGAGAUAUGAAACCCUGCCAAAGAAUCUUGCCAAGCGAAAAGGUGACGAGGCACAUCUUACUAAAGAUGAAUUGGUUGAUAUCAUGACGUGGAAGACCUCCCACGGUCGCCCCCGCCCAAUGCUAAUAGGAAUGAUAAAAGCAAACCAACCAAGCACAAUAACAAAAGCAACAUCCGAAGCUUUUACUUCUAUCCCAGUCUCGGAUCCAAUUAAGAAACCCGAAGAGUCAUUCCCAAAACUCAGCCUGGACACAUUGACGACCUCGCUGCGUGGUGUUGGUCCCGCGACUGCAUCGCUCAUUUUGUCGAUUGCUACUGUUGUUGGUGAACCCAUGCGCCAGGUUCCAUUUUAUAGUGACGAUACGUAUUUGUGGCUUAUUUUUGGGGUUUAUCCUAUUCCUGGGGAGGGGCAGGUGAAGGUGAAGGGGGUUAAGGCGAACGGGGAGUUGGAUGUCAAAUAUAACUUGAAGGAGUUUCGGGGUUUGUGGGAAGAGGUGCAGAUAUUGAGGAGGAGGUUGACUGGGGGUGAUUUGGGGUCUGUUUCUACGGUUGAUGUUGAGAAGGUUGCUUAUGUGCUUCGCCAUAUUGCUGUUUCUGGUUAUUACUCUGACCAACAUCAUGAAGUUCGCGAGGCCACUGUUGUGGAGUCGACGGAGAUAUCUGGGGGGGAGACUAAAAAACGGAAAGUGAAGGAGGGGAAGACGAGGAGUGCGAAGAAGUAG